AUGGGAAGCAUUGAUGAAGAGAUCUUAGGAUGUUGUGACAAGCUCUCCUCAUUCAUCCGAAGGUUGGAGCCGCUGUGGGAAGAUGCAGUGGUCCUUCCUUGGUAUGAGCAGCUCGGUCGACUAAGGGUGUGGAUUGAGGAGAACAGAAUUGCCAGCAAUGGCAGAGCUUCGCUCGAGCAGCGCCUCGAAGGCUCCUCACACAUUGUCAGCGCCAUUCUGGAGCUCUUAACUACGCUUAGGCAUACGGUUCAGUCCUGUGCCGACUGGGACGUUGAUUAUCUACACACGACCCAGGAGAGUGCUCAUGCCCCGUCUCUCCCAGAGGAUGUGACCGAUAUGCUGGACAUACUGACAAACGUUCUUGAUUCUCUCUACGAUCUUUCUUCCACUUUCACAAACCCCAUGCCCAUCGACAUGCUCACCGACCCUAUAUUCCAAUCGAUUGACGAGUUCGCUGAAGCCUUCGAUGUGGCUCAUGUAGAAGCCAAAUUUCCAUGCGCGCCUCUACCGCUUGUUCGGAGGUUGGGUAGCAUGAACAUCCGCCGCAGAUCAUCUCUUUGGUAUCAAAAAAGAAAGAAUGACGCCUUGCAAUCAGCACUUGCGCAAACCAUGCCUACCUCGAAGGCCGUUGCAUCCUCUGCCCGCUCGCGCAAGAGCCAUGUUACUGAUCCUUCAACCGUUCUCUCCUCGGUUCCCUCCGUGUUUGACACUCCGCUGAAUGAGUUUCAAGCAGUCACUGUCGACUCACGGAGUUCUGUCUCGUUGUCGCAGCCGAUGAAGACAGCCACUCGACCCGCUACUGGGCCAAUUGACUCGUCCUUGCUUCCUGAACUAGACUCUUUGGCGCGAUCUGAUGAUGAAGGUUCUGUUGAUUCCAUGACAUCGUUUGCGGUAACGGUGAGCCCAAGCUCCGAGACUCAAGCAAGGGUUCCGAAGCCUCCACCGAAGUUUUAUGAGGACCAGCCAUUCGAAUGUAUGUAUUGUUUUAAGACCUUGAGAAACGUGAAGACUCAUCGUGCCUGGAAGCGACAUGUCAUGCGAGACCUCAAACCAUACGUUUGUUCGUUUGGAGGCUGCUCAGAAGAUGCCAGAAUGUUCCGUCGUCGCCGAGAUUGGUUCCAACAUGAGCUUGAUGUGCACCGAACCUACUGGGAAUGUCCAAGAGGCUGUUUGGAGCUUUUCUUUAACAGCAGUGACUUCAAAGCUCACAUGAUUGGUCAACACCAAACUCAACUCACGCAGGACCAGUUAGAAACACUGACGAAGGCAUUGGCAAAACAGCAAGAUGGACGCCACAAGGCUGGCUGCAAGCUCUGCGGGAAAGAAUAUCCAGUAAACGAUGGGCUGCGUCGUCACAUAGGUGGUGAGAUGGAAGAAAUUGCCUUGUUUGUAAUGCCACGGCCACAUGACUUUUGGGAUGGAUCGGACGGGUCAAGCGACACGGAUGCCUCCGAUAGCACUGGCAGCAUAUCAGAAGAUGCCAAAGUUGCUGUGUUUUCCAGAGCCGAAGUUGAGACAAACCCAGCACGUUUGGCCGACACUACAACAGGAGAAGCUGACUCCGUUGUCAGUCUUUCAGCUAGACUUCUGAAGCAGGAGACGAGUGAGUCGGAGGUAUUUCAAUUAGGUGUGGACGAGACGGCUAGGUUAGGUGGACAGGAUGAAGCUGUUGCAUCUGAUGCCAUGACGGAACAACCAGAACGUCCCGUGACCGAGGAUGAGAUCGAGACAGAUUAUGACGAUGACACAACAAUUGACGAGGCACUCAAAGAUGUCGCCGCUGAAGUUGACUCUCCAGCGCGCAAAUCGCAAUCCACCAUAGCGUCGCCUACUGGCGAACUGUCCCCUUCACUGAGCCCAGAGCCAGGCGACAUCCUUCUCCACGAUCUGUAUCCUGUCAUGACCCAAGAGAAUUCCUUCCCAGGUCACCAAGAGACCACCGGAAAGCUUACAUCCAUGAAGCCUGCAACAAAGCAUGCUGUCGGAGAAGCCGAGAACCCAGAAGCCGCUCAUCAGACAGAUUACGACCAUGACAGCCAGACUGGCAUUUCAGACCCAGGUUCGCAAAAGGCUCUGGAGGAUACGCUAUUACAUGACCAAGGAGACCAAAGCACGUCGCUCACUGACUUCCAACGAGACCUUAGAACUCUGCGGUCGCUGCCCUCUCUCACAGCUACUCUAGCACAGCAUUCAAGUACAUCUCUCCAGUCAGACCAUACCUUAGCAGAGUUGCGAUCGAUUGCCGAGACGUUGAAUAGAAAUCUGAACCGAGCACAGACGCCUGAAACUGUGAGCACGCCGGAGGCUUUUUCAGACCCCUCGGCAGCAUCGACCUUCAAAUGCACGCAUCCUGGAUGUACUGCCUUUCCCUUCCAGACACAAUAUCUUCUGGACGCCCAUGUAAACGUGCACAGCCAGCCGGCCCCACACUACUGCCCUGUGAAAGGCUGUCCUCGUGCAGCUGGUGGUAAAGGGUUCAAGAGAAAGAAUGAUAUGAUCCGGCACGGACGUGUACAUGAGUCGCGCGGAUACACAUGUCCAUUUUGCGCGGACCAACAGCAUCGGUAUCCACGAGCAGAUAAUCUGAUGAGACAUUUUCGUAUCCACCACCCCGACAAAGAUCGCGAUGAUGCACAACUCCAAUUGGUGCGAUCACUAGACUCUAAAUACGAUCCAGAGCCGCCGCUGAGGCCUCCACCUGUUGACCUUGCCAGCGCGCGCGCAUUGUUAGACGAACUUACUCGUCUAGCAGGUCCGAGCCACGAGAGUUCGCGAAGCACUACACCUAGCGACUUCUCUAAUCAAGGCGAUCUUCAGAUACUAGACCAUGCUGGGCGCGUGACAUCCCAAAAUGAACCUUACCGACCGCAUUCCCUCGGUUUCGAGGUCGGAGCGUCAAAGGGCCCCCCCAAGUCUCCCGUAUAG